ACGUUUGCGCUUGACUUCUUUUGAGAAAGUUAAGUCUGUGUUCUGCUUAGGAGAGAUAACACUUUUUGUCCCUGUAGGUGGCCCCCUGGUGUAGCCAUUAGUUGCUAAUUACUUGCAAACAAAUAAACAAUUAUCUUCUCUAGCGGCUGGGUGGGAGAGUGUUCAUUGACAUGCUAAAACUUUCUAAGACAGGAUUUUAAUUAGUGACGUUCUAAAUCCAGCCCCCUUGUCAGUGGAGCUAUAAAGUAAGCAGUAGGAAGAUUCAACCUUGCACACGUGAGGCAGAGGUAGCAGAGAGGCUAGGAAGGGCUGAGGCUGACUCUGUGCUGUCCACUCGAGGAUGUCUCCCAGCCUUCAGGAAGGCACUGAGCUUGGAGAAAGCAAACCCUCACCUUGCUCCUUUUCAAUUGAGAGUAUCUUGGGACUGGACCAGAAGAAUGACUGUGUUCCAUCAGUGAAACCUCACAGGCCCUGGGCAGACACCUGCAGCUUCUCAGGGAAAGAUGAUCACUUACAUCUACAGAUCCCAAGCUUUCCCAGUGAGAUCUCAUUCCCCUGUACUGUGGAUCACCCGAUGGCAGAGGAAAGAAUUUUGAAAUAUGAAAAUUACUUUUCACCCUCAGAAAGGCUGUCUUUCAAGAGAGAAUUAAGUUGGUAUAGAGGCCGAAGACCAAGAACUGCAUUUACUCAAAACCAGAUUGAGGUGUUGGAAAAUGUCUUUAGAGUAAACUGCUAUCCUGGCAUUGAUAUCAGAGAAGACUUAGCUCAAAAGUUGAACCUAGAGGAAGACAGAAUCCAGAUCUGGUUCCAAAAUCGGCGUGCAAAGCUGAAAAGAUCCCAUAGAGAAUCACAGUUUUUAAUGGUGAAAAAGAACUUCAACACAAAUAUCCUGGGAUAGAAAACUCAACAUGUGAAAUUAUCUUCUAGUUGUAAACCAUGAAAAAUCUCAGUGGAAAUACCAAGUGUUAAAAAUGUGAUGUUUUCUUUCCUGUAUUUAAUCUGAAUAUUGUCAUUUAAAAAAAUAUAUUGUAAAUAAUUACUGUUUGCUACAUGGUACAUAUUAUAUUUGGUCACUUUUGCUUAAGAUAAAGGCCUUCUCUGUAUAUUUUAAUAAACAUUUUCAGAAAAAGCCAUCUAUUUUUUUAAGUAUGCAAAUUUAAUCUAGUAAAUUAGUUUGCUAAAAUCA